UUGCAUCAUUCGGCGUGCUAUUUCCUAGCGAAGAGCAUCCGUCGCGGCACAGUUCGUGUUUACUAAACUACAAAAUUAGUAUUAUUUACAACUUUACACACUUUUUAAUUUAACAAUGAGUGUGCUUGUGUUAUUCUGAGGAGAAAUUAAUGGUUCAAAAUGCGCUUGAUGCGCGUGUUCCGCUGUCGGCCGUUCUCGAAGCGGUUCCUGGUGCUUCUAGUUUUGGUGAUCGGCCUGGGGGUCUACUGCUACUACUACAAUAUCGCGCCGUCAGCAUACCCUAAGCCAAGAACAGGCGCCAUUGUCGAGAACGAUCUCAAAUCCAGGUUCUACGAUGCCAAGAAAGUGGGAUCAGACCAGUGCCCGGCGGUGUGGGAGAGCGCUGCUGAUAUCGACACCCUCACCACAUACCAUUCCUUCGAUUUUCAGCCGAGCUGGCUCCGGACCAAGGAGUUCUGGGAUCGAUCGUUUGAAGAGCGCUACGAGAAACUACGCAACGAAAGCCGACGGCCAAUGCUGAAGGUAAUAGUGGUGCCACAUUCCCACAACGAUCCAGGCUGGCUGAAAACAUUCGAGCAGUACUUCGAUUGGAAGACGAAGAAUAUCAUCACCAACAUCGUCCAGAAACUCCACCAGUUCCCCAACAUGACGUUCAUAUGGACGGAAAUAUCUUUUCUGAACGCCUGGUGGGAGAGAUCACAUCCGGUUAAGCAGAAGUCUCUGAAGAAGUUGAUCAAGGAAGGUAGACUGGAGAUUACCACUGGAGGCUGGGUGAUGCCCGACGAAGCUUGCACUCACAUCUACGCACUCAUUGAUCAGUUCAUUGAAGGACACCUCUGGGUUAAAAACAACCUUGGAAUCGCACCGAAAACGGGUUGGUCGAUUGAUCCUUUCGGCCACGGACCAACCGUACCUUAUCUGUUGGACAAAAGCGGUUUGGACGGAACCAUCAUACAACGAAUUCACUACGCCUGGAAACAAUAUUUAGCUCAACGACAAAUCGAGGAGUUCUACUGGAUACCAGGCUGGGCCACUAAGAAACCAAACCUGGUAGUCCACAACCAACCGUUCGAUAUCUACUCCAUUAAGAGCACAUGUGGACCACAUCCAUCCGUCUGCCUCAGCUUCGAUUUCCGGAAAAUUCCCGGAGAAUAUUCCGAAUAUACCGCGAAACACGAGGAAAUUAAUGAGCAUAACCUUCAUAGUAAGUCUAAGACGUUAAUCGAGGAGUACGAACGUAUAGGGUCCUUGACUCCCCAUAACGUAGUGUUGGUCCCCUUAGGUGACGAUUUCCGGUACGAAUACAGCAUGGAGUUCGAUGCGCAAUACAUCAAUUACAUGAAAAUGUUCAACUACAUCAACAGCCAUAAAGACCAGUUCAAUGCUGAGGUAUCAUUUGGCACACCUCUCGAUUAUUUCAACGCGAUGAAGGAACGACAUACUAACAUCCCAACGCUCAAAGGAGAUUUCUUCGUAUACUCCGACAUAUUUAGCGAGGGCAAACCGGCUUACUGGUCUGGAUAUUAUACUACGCGGCCGUAUUUAAAAAUCCUCGCACGUCAAUUUGAACACCAGUUGCGUUCCUCCGAAAUCCUUUUCACCCUUGUCUUGAAUUACAUAAAGCAAUCCGCCGCCAAGAAUCUGGAGGGGGCCGAAAGGAUGUUGGAGAAAUUUUACGAGCAAUUGAUCAGUGCCAGACGGAAUUUGGGGUUGUUCCAACAUCAUGACGCCAUAACUGGGACUUCCAAAUCCAGUGUCAUGUACGACUAUGGCACGAAACUGUUCACCAGUUUGUACCACUGCAUUCGACUUCAAGAAGCCGCUUUGACUGCGACAAUGAUAGCUGACCAUACCCUGCACUCCCAGAGGAUAAUCCAGAGCGAAGUGGAAUGGGAGACAUACGGAAACCAGCCCAAGAAACUCCUAAUCUCCUUCAUCGAUAAGAAGAAAGUGAUUCUCUUCAAUCCGCUGGUAGAAAAACGAACCGAAGUGAUAACUCUACGAUCCAACACGACCAGCGUUCGCAUCUUCGACACGUACAGAAAGAAAUACGUCCCGUACCAAAUAACUCCCAAUAUAGAGAUGAUAGACAAGAAGAAGUACGUUAUUAGCGACGUCAAUUUCGAUGUGAUGUUCGUAGCCACGUUGCCCGCUCUGAGCGCAGUGACGUACAACUUGGAAGAAUACACCAAUACCUCUCACAAUAGCGUCAUCUUCUGUAACAAUUGCACCGAGAAACGAAGCAACGACAACGAUAGAGGUGAGAAUUUUAGCAUCAAGAAAAUGAUGCCUGGUGACAUACAGUUGGAGAAUACUGUUCUGAAACUGUUGAUCGAUAGGAAUACAGGAUUCUUACGGCAGAUUCAAAGGAAAGAUAUACGAAAGAGAAUAGUAGCUGAACUUCAGUUUGGAGCCUACCAAAGCGCGCAAAGGCAUUCUGGGGCAUAUCUCUUCAUGCCUGACUAUGAUGCUCCCGAAAAAAGUGUGUUGAAUCCUUACACCAAGUCCGACAACCAACAGGACGAUAACAUUGUAAUAGUCUCUGGGCCUCUCUUCACCGAAAUAACCACCAUGUAUCUGCCAUUUUUGAUUCACACACUAAGAAUAUACCAUGUGGAUGACCCGGCACUGUCUCACGGCAUCUUCAUCGAAAACGUCGUAGACUUCGAGAGUCCACCGAAGAACCGAGAAACCGAACUCUUCAUGAGAUUCCAUACCAACAUCCAGAAUGGAGAUGUACCCGAAUUCUACACGGACCAAAACGGCUUUCAAUACCAGAAACGAAUAAAAGUGGAGAAAUUAGGGAUCGAAGCCAACUACUACCCGAUAACGACGAUGGCUUGGAUUCAGGAUGACGAAAAUCGUUUGACUUUAGUUACCAACCAUGCCCAAGGUGCGUCUUCUUAUGAGCCAGGGCGAUUAGAAGUGAUGUUGGAUCGACGCACCCUUUACGACGACUUUAGAGGUGUUGGAGAAGGAGUAGUAGACAACAAGCCCACCGUUUUCCACAACUGGCUACUUUUCGAACCCUCCUCGAAUAUUAGAGAGAAGAGAGACACCCAGGAACACGUGUCCGGCCGAAUCGACGAAAGACAUUUCAAUCCGAACCAGAAAACAACAGUCUAUGAGUUACCCUCACGCAUGGCGGAUUACUUGAGUCGAACUCUCAACUACCCGGUGAACAUUUACUUGGUUGAUACCAGUGAAGUUGGUGAAAUCGAGGUGAAAUCCCAGGAAAUAUACGCCCAAGGAUUCCCACCUGGUGUCCAUCUUUUGACACUGAGGACGAUCACCGAUGAAGAGCUAGAUCAGUUUCCGAGUGCGACAUGUUUCAUGGUGUUACACCGACCGGGGUAUAGCUGCGCCGUGGGCGAAUUAGAAGCGAUCUCGGCGCGAUUCACGCCAGAAACUAGACUCAAUAAUCUGACCAUCAAAAACAUUACUCACGUAAGUUUGACCGGACUUAAAAAGUAUAAGGAGCUAUCCAGCUUAGCCGAAAUAAAACUAGAUCCGAUGGAAGUAAAGACUUACAAACUAAAAUUUUAAAUGCUUAUCAAAUUUUAAAUUCAAUAGGUGUUAGGUUAAAAAAUUUGACAGACUGACUCUUUUGAGGGUUUAAGAUUAGUACAUUGACCAGAAGAACUUAGCUAAAUUAUUAGGAACAAAUUUUAUCACUUACAAGUGUUAGGAUAUAACAUAGACGUCCGAAGGAGCGAAAGCCUCCAAUAUAACCGUAAAUGUUAUUACUUAUUAUUAUUAAAUGUCAUAGUAUUAAGGGACUUAAUCUCAUACAUUCCGCAUAAUACAAUAUUAUACCUAGUGAUGUUACGUUACCAAAUGAUUCAAUAUUUUAAAUUAUUUCAACAAUGUGUCUCCUCAUAUUGUUUUUAUUUGGGAAUCCAUUUAUGAAUAGUUACUGUUAUAUUAUAUUUAUAUCUACCUCAGAACCAAAUGUUUUAAAAUCUGAUGAAAUCAUAAGAUCUUUUAUUACGUUAAUGAAUCUCUAACCUAAUGUGAGGGACAGUUCACACCUUAAUGAGACGCAACAAAACACGAUGCAUAGUUUAAAAAUACAAGACGAAAUGGCUCGGGGCGAAUAUCUACGCAACGUUGCGUUUUAAGCAUAAUAAUAAGAUUAAGGCAUAAUUUUCGCGUUUCGUUCCUGUGUGAACUGGCCUUUAGUUGUACAGAGUCACACGUUGUAUUGAAUAACAUUUAUUGAUAAGUUGUACAAUUUCUGUUGUAAGAUCUCAUUGAUAUAACGAAUUGCUAGACAUACAAUCUAACAACAAUAUAGACACAAAUCUUACAUCGAUGUCACAAAUUGGCUAGUCUAGGAAGUGUCAUUGUAUCGAAUCUAGUAUUUUAAUGCAACAUCAAUGCAGCUUUUAUCUUUUUCUAUCCUGUUGAUAGGAGUCAAGCUAUAGAAUAGUAUACUAUUCUUAUCAUUACAGCUAUAUUUAGACGUUAGAGGCAGUACCAGCAUUACUGACCUCCAUUAUACAACUACUUGUAUAAUGGAGGUCAAUGGUUUUUGGUCGGAUUAUUGACUGUAUGUGCUAGAAGCGCUCUCUGCUCCUACUUUUGCAUAAUAUCCCCUAUUCUCAUGACAUUUCAAACCAACAAGUAGUCUGAUAAAAAAGGGACUUAUUCGAAAAAGAAACUAAGGGUCAAUUUAUACUAGCGCAGAGUCGAAGCGAUUAAUUAAA